AUGGCCUCUCUGGGGGCGACCGUGGUGGGCGGGCGGGUACAGCGGCGGGGGGCAGUUGAGCGAGACGCUGCCACAGGCGGUGGACGAGGUGAGGCGCAAGCGCACAGUGGUGGUUGUCGAUGUGCAGUUACUGGUACUGCUCUAGCCGUACCUACUACGCGAGGUGACAAAGUCGUCACUAUUAGCGGGCUUAGUGCCUCUCAGAACGACCAGAUGGGAUUUAUCACCUUCAAUCUCAACGACCCUAACUACCACGAUCAGACUAUUGCCAACGUUAUCUGGGAUCGUCCUGGAAACCCCCAGGAGAAGGCCACAACCAACGAUCUUGCCUACCACGUCCACUUUCCAGACGGCGUGAAGGAUAUCUCCGCUUUUGACUUUCAGCUACAACGGGUCAAUAGCACUGAGAAGAUCUCCGUGUCCGUCAAUGAUAACAGAAACAGUUGUACCCAAGCCACCAAGUGGAUAUGUGGCACGGCAACGGCUCGUGCAAACCCUGCUGGUGAUCGUGUGCCAACAACGCGUCCUUCUUCAACGACGAAGUUCACUAGGAGCGUAUGGCCCGGGCUCGUAGCCGGCCUGUCGAAAAAGAUUGGGACUCGGAUCGACGACCCUUCACCGGAUCUGAGUCAGAACGUGGCCUCUCUGGGGGCGACCGUGGUGGGCGGGCAGGUACAGCGGCGGGGGCAGUUGGGCGAGACGCUGCCACAGGCGGUGGACGAGGUGAGGCGCAAGCGCACAGUGGCGGUUGUCGAUGUGCAGGUGCGGCCGGAAGGGUAUUCGGCGGCGUUGGGGAAGGCGGACUAG